AUGAAGAAUAUGGUUUUGUCUUCUUCGUGUUGUCAUCAUCAUCGCGCGCAACCGAUAUCAGCAUUAGGAGCAGCAUUAGGAGCAACAGCGAAACGAAGACCAACAGGGAGGAGUAAUAAUAAUAAUAAUGUUCGAACGACGACGACGCCCAAAAGAGGAGGAGGAGGAGAAAGAGGCUCGAUGAUAAAAACAAACGCGUCGUCGUCGAACUUCUAUCUUCCAUCGUCUUCUUCUGAAGGGGAAAGGCACGUCGUCGGCGUGAACAAUAAGAGUACUUAUAAUAUUGGAAGAGGAAAGAGAAGAAGAAAACCUCUCAUCAACGCGGCAAGACAAAAUACAAACGGAAGAAUCGUCGUCACGCGCGCCGUGUCGGAUGGAGGAGGAGAACAACCGCAAAAGAAAAUCUCGCAAUCUGAGUUUACCGAACGAGCCUGGGAAGCCAUCGUAGCUGCUCCGGAAAACGCGCAAAAAGCGUCGCAACAAAUAGUCGAAACCGAGCACUUAUUUUUGGCUCUGUUGGAACAACGAGAAGGAUUCUCCGGGAAAAUCUUGAAACAUCUAGGAGUGGACAUGAAAACUGUGAUCGAUAAGACGAACAAAUACAUCGAGAGGCAACCGAAAGUGCAAGGCGCUUCGCAACAAGUUUUGGGGAGACACUUGGAAAUAGCCGUGGAUAACGCGCGAGACCGAGCGAAGCAGUUACAAGACGCGUUCGUGGCCGUGGAGCAUUUGACGCUGGCCAUAGCCGAAGAUGCGAGAUUUGGCAAAGAUUUGUUCGAAAAGGAUUUAAAGAUCUCGACGGAACAGUUGGAAGCAGCCAUCGUUUUUUUACGAAAAGGCCAAACGGUGACGGACCAAAGCGCAGAAUCGAAAUACGACGCGCUGUCGAAAUACGCAAGAGAUUUGACAGACGAAGCGAAAAAAGGUAAAUUGGAUCCGGUAAUUGGGAGAGACGACGAGAUUCGUCGCUCGAUUCAAAUCUUAUCACGACGAUCGAAGAAUAACCCCGUUUUGAUUGGCGAACCCGGGGUCGGUAAAACUGCCAUCGCCGAAGGGUUGGCGCAACGCAUCGUCAACGGAGACGUGCCUACUUCGUUACAAGAUGUUUCCAUCAUGUCUUUAGAUAUGGGUUUACUCAUCGCCGGUGCCAAAUUUCGAGGCGAGUUUGAGGACCGUUUGAAAGCGGUGAUGAAAGAAGUUGUCGACUCGAUGGGGAAAAUUAUCUUGUUCAUCGACGAAAUCCACACCGUCGUUGGUGCCGGUGGGAACGGCGGUGGUGGCGGCAUGGACGCUGGAAACUUGUUGAAGCCGAUGUUAGGAAGAGGUGAACUUAGAUGCAUUGGGGCGACAACUUUGGACGAGUUUCGACAGCACAUUGAAAAAGAUCCCGCGUUGGAGAGACGCUUCCAAAAAGUUUCGGUCGAAGAACCUUCGGUGGAGGAUACGGUUUCAAUUUUGAGAGGUUUGCGUGAGAGAUACGAAUUGCACCACGGCGUUUCUAUUUCUGACGCCGCGCUAGUGGAGGCGGCGAACUUAUCCGACAGGUACAUCGCCGAUAGAUUCCUUCCGGACAAAGCCAUCGACUUAGUCGACGAAUCUGCGGCGAAAUUGAAAAUGGAAAUUACCUCGAAACCGACGGCUUUAGACGCCAUCGACCGGGAGAUUAUUAAGUUGCAAAUGGAAAUCUUGUCUCUGUCCAGGGAUGGAUCGGCCAUGACCUCGGCGACUGACAAGAAAUCGACCGAAUCGAAACUGAAACGCAUGAAGAAAGAAAUUGACGCGUUGAAAAUCGAACAGAAAGAUUUGCAGGAUCGUUGGCAGGAAGAGCAAGAUAAGUUGAUCCAGGUGCAAACGCUGAAAGAGGAAAUUGAACGCGUCGGCGUAGAAAUUGCAAACGCGGAACGCGCGUACGAUUUGAACAAAGCCGCAGAGUUGAAAUACGGAACUCUGAUGGAGUUGCAACGCUCGCUCGGUGAAGCCGAGGAAGUUUUGAUCGCCGAAAAAGACAACAAAAACAAACUUUUAUCGGACGAAGUCACCGAGAACGACAUCGCGGAAAUCGUCGCGAAAUGGACCGGAAUCCCAGUUGCAAAGUUACAACAAGGUGAAAGAGAGAAGCUUUUAGAUUUGGAUUCGGAAUUACAUAAACGAGUCGUCGGUCAAGACGAAGCGGUGAAAAAGGUCUCCGAAGCUAUUCAACGUUCCAGAGCUGGGUUGAGUGACCCGAACAAACCGAUCGCCUCGUUUGCAUUUUUGGGUCCAACUGGCGUCGGCAAGACAGAGCUCGCCAAAACGCUCGCGAAUUUCUUAUUCAACACCGAAGAUGCGAUGAUUCGAAUUGACAUGUCUGAGUACAUGGAAAAGCACGCGGUAUCCAGACUGAUCGGCGCGCCGCCCGGAUACGUCGGUUUCGAAGAAGGCGGACAACUUACCGAGGCUGUGCGAAGACGUCCGUACUCUGUCAUACUGUUCGAUGAAAUGGAAAAAGCGCACGCGGACGUGUUCAACGUCUUGUUACAGAUUUUAGACGACGGUCGCGUGACCGACUCUCAAGGGCGACUGGUGAGUUUCAAGAAUACCAUUUUGAUCAUGACCUCCAACAUUGGCUCUCAAUUCGUUUUGGACGGUUUACUCAAUGCCGGCGAGGAAACGGAGCAACAGGCGAAGAAAUCCACGGGUGAGAGGAAGACGAAAGUGAUGGAUGCAGUUCGUGGACACUUCCGUCCAGAGUUUAUCAACAGAGUCGACGAAUGGAUUGUUUUCGACCCGUUGCUAAGUUCACAAGUCGAGGCGAUUGUGCUGCAGCAAAUCGAACGCGUUCGAUCUCGAUUAAAAGACAGACGCAUUGCGAUUGAAAUCGAGGAAUCUGCGUUAGAAGCGCUGUGUGUGAUUGGAUACCAACCCGCAUUUGGCGCGCGUCCAAUUAAGAGAGCGGUUCAGCAAUACCUCGAAACCUCCAUCGCGAAAGCUAUACUCCGAGGUGACAUCUCCGAGGAAGAUGUCGCGGUGGUUUCAGCGAAACGCGUCGAAGACGACGAUUUGAUCGAAGGUGGUCAACAGUAUGAGUUUGAAGUCAAGAGAAAAGCGAGAGCGAAGAAACAAGCAAAGUCCACGGACUCUGUCGAUGAGGAAGUUACUAAAUAA